UCUCCGCCUGCCUAGCCUUUUCCCCUCCCAGCUGCCUGUCUGCCAGGGGUAGUGAGCCGGCCGAGCGGCAUGGAGACGCAGGAACUUCGGGGGGCCCUGGCUCUUCUCCUCCUUUGCUCUUUGGCAUUUGCCAGUCAGGACCUGCAGGUCAUUGAUCUGCUGACUGUGGGCGAGUCUCGGCAGAUGGUGGCUGUGGCUGAGAAGAUCCGGACAGCCCUACUUACCGCUGGGGACAUCUACCUCCUGUCCACCUUCCGCCUGCCCCCCAAGCAGGGCGGGGUCCUCUUUGGCCUCUACUCUCGCCAAGACAACACUCGAUGGCUGGAGGCCUCUGUGGUGGGCAAGAUCAACAAAGUGCUGGUGCGGUACCAGCGCGAGGAUGGAAAGGUCCACGCAGUGAACCUCCAGCAGGCCAGCCUGGCCGACGGGCGUACACACACAGCCAUCCUGCGGCUCCGAGGUCCAUCCCGACCCAGCCCCGGCCUGCAGCUCUAUGUGGAUUGCAGACUGGGAGACCAACAUGCUGGCCUUCCUGCCCUGGCCCCCAUUCCCCCGGCCGAGGUCAGCGGGCUGGAGAUUAGGACCGGGCAGAAGGCUUACUUAAGGAUGCAGGGCUUUGUGGAGUCUAUGAAACUCAUCCUGGGUGGGUCCAUGGCCCGAGUAGGAGCCCUGAGCGAAUGUCCCUUCCAAGGGGACGACUCCAUCCACAAUGCAGUGGCCAGUGCCCUGCACUCCAUUCUAGGGGAGCAGACCAAAGCGCUGGUUACCCAGCUUACCCUCUUCAAUCAGAUCCUGGUGGAGCUGCGGGAUGACAUCCGAGACCAGGUGAAGGAAAUGUCCCUGAUCCGUAACACUAUCAUGGAGUGUCAGGUGUGCGGCUUCCACGAGCAGCGUUCCCACUGCAGCCCCAACCCCUGCUUCCGAGGUGUGGACUGCAUGGAAGUGUAUGAGUACCCAGGCUACCGCUGUGGGCCGUGUCCCCCAGGCCUGCAGGGCAACGGCACCCACUGCAGUGACAUCAAUGAGUGUGCUCAUGCUGACCCCUGCUUCCCGGGCUCCAAGUGCAUCAACACCAUGCCUGGAUUCCACUGUGAAGCUUGUCCCCGAGGAUACAAGGGCACCCGGGUGUCUGGCGUGGGCAUCGACUAUGCCCGGGCCAGCAAACAGGUCUGUAGUGACAUCGAUGAAUGCAAUGAUGGCAACAAUGGUGGCUGCGACCCAAACUCCAUCUGUACCAACACUGUGGGCUCCUUCAAGUGUGGCCCCUGCCGCCUGGGUUUCCUGGGGAACCAGAGCCAUGGCUGCCUCCCAGCAAGGACUUGCCAUAGCCCAGCCCACAGCCCCUGCCAUGUGCACGCUCACUGUCUCUUUGAACGUAACGGUGCUGUGUCCUGCCAGUGCAACGUGGGCUGGGCAGGGAAUGGGAAUGUGUGCGGCCCCGACACAGACAUAGACGGCUACCCGGACCAGGCCCUGCCCUGCAUGGACAACAACAAGCACUGCAAGCAGGACAACUGCCUUCUGACACCCAACUCUGGGCAGGAAGAUGCUGACAAUGAUGGUGUGGGGGACCAGUGUGACGAUGAUGCCGAUGGGGAUGGGAUCAAGAAUGUCGAGGACAACUGCCGGCUGUUCCCCAACAAGGACCAGCAGAACUCUGACACAGACUCAUUUGGUGAUGCCUGUGACAACUGUCCCAACGUUCCCAACAAUGACCAGAAGGACACAGAUGGCAAUGGAGAAGGAGACGCUUGUGACAACGAUGUGGACGGGGAUGGCAUCCCCAAUGGACUGGACAAUUGCCCCAAAGUGCCCAACCCACUACAAACGGAUAGGGAUGAGGAUGGAGUGGGAGAUGCUUGCGACAGCUGCCCUGAGAUGAGCAAUCCCACCCAGACAGAUGUCGACAGUGACCUGGUGGGCGACGUCUGCGACACCAAUGAGGACAGCGACGGUGAUGGGCACCAGGACACCAAGGACAACUGUCCACAGCUGCCAAACAGCUCUCAGCUGGACUCAGACAACGACGGCCUUGGGGAUGAGUGUGAUGGGGAUGAUGACAAUGACGGCAUCCCAGACUACGUGCCUCCAGGUCCCGACAACUGCCGCCUGGUGGCCAACCCCAAUCAGAAAGACUCAGAUGGCAACGGCGUAGGCGACGUGUGUGAGGACGACUUUGACAAUGAUGCAGUGGCUGACCCCCUUGAUGUGUGUCCCGAGAGUGCAGAGGUGACCCUCACAGAUUUCCGCGCCUAUCAGACCGUUGUCCUGGAUCCUGAGGGUGAUGCUCAGAUUGACCCAAACUGGGUGGUGCUCAACCAGGGCAUGGAAAUUGUUCAGACCAUGAACAGCGACCCUGGCCUGGCAGUUGGCUACACAGCCUUCAACGGUGUGGACUUUGAAGGUACCUUCCAUGUGAACACAGUGACCGACGAUGACUACGCAGGCUUUCUCUUCAGUUACCAGGACAGCGGCCGCUUCUACGUGGUCAUGUGGAAGCAGACGGAGCAGACCUACUGGCAGGCCACCCCCUUCCGGGCCGUUGCGCAGCCAGGCCUGCAGCUCAAGGCAGUGACAUCAGCCUCGGGUCCGGGAGAACACCUCCGGAAUGCCUUGUGGCACACAGGCCACACCCCUGACCAGGUCCGACUGCUGUGGACAGACCCACGGAAUGUGGGCUGGCGUGACAAGACUUCCUAUCGCUGGCAGCUCCUGCACCGGCCUCAAGUGGGCUACAUCCGGGUGAAGCUCUAUGAGGGUCCCCAGCUAGUGGCGGAUUCGGGGGUGAUCAUUGACACCUCCAUGCGAGGGGGGCGCCUCGGUGUAUUCUGCUUCUCCCAAGAGAACAUCAUCUGGUCCAACCUCCAGUACCGCUGCAACGACACUGUGCCCGAGGACUUUGAGCCAUUCCGGAGGCAGCUACUCCAGGGAAGGGCCUGAGGAGCUGUCACAGGAUUCAGAAUCCAGCCUUCUAGGGACCCCUUGGGCUUGGGGGUCUGUCCUGGAGACCCUGGAGGCUGGGGGGGGGGGGGUGUCUAGGCUACAGUCCGCCCCUCGGGCAACCACAGACCCCUCCUCUGGCACCCACUCGCCAGGAGUUCAGCCACUGAGUUGGGGAGGAUGGCACUGACCCACCCCACUUGUCAAGA